AUGGCUGUCUGCAUGGGUCAUCGACCUUCUCCAGCCGCGCGCAGCAGGUCGCGCUUCGUGGUGCCAGCCCUCGCAAUAUCGCUUGGCUGCGUGCUUGCCAGACAGAGAUGGUCCCCAGCUGCGGACUCGAACACUCAUCGAGGAGCUUUUACGGAGGCAGUCUCGUUCAGGCGGCACGGGCAUUCUGAUGCGGAAUAUCCCAGAGGGCCCAGCAUCUUUCGCGGAGAGUCAGCUGAUGAAAUGAUCAGGUGGUACCAGCCUCCCGCACGUGAAUACUCCCGACGAGAACUCAUUGCAGAUCGCCUCGUGAACUUCGGAGGCGUCACAGCAGCGCUGCUGGCAGCACCGCUUCUCGUCCUUGUGUCGCGCGCAGGGGGAGAUUCAGUCGUAAGACAAGCUGGGUUGUGUGUUCACGGAUUAUGCAUGAUUCUCAUGUUCAGCUGCUCCGCCCUUUUCCAUUACUGGGCCUGGGAUGGAUCGUGUCAACGCUUCCUUUUGAUGCUUGACCAUAUCGGAAUCAACUCCAUGAUUGCCGGCUGCUACACUCCUGUUAUGAUCCAUUGCCGCUGCUAUCGUCUUCUUCUUUUCGUCUGGGCUUGUGCCGUGGUCGGCUUCGUUGGUGAAACUAUGUUGUAUAUUGGAUGGAAGCAAAGUGUCCAACUCGACGAGGAAGUAGAAGGUGGUGUUGACGUGAUGUUUCACCACAUCCGUUACCUGGCGAUGGGUUGGUCUGUCGUCGGCGUUUGGAGCGAGGUCAUGAAAUACGUCUCGACACGGGGCAAAGCACUCAUGCGGCUGGCCUGCAAUUGGCUUUUGCUGCAUUUUUGUGAAUGCAAGUAG